ACGGGCCCCCUCUCCAUGGAGACCGUUGCUAAGACACCGCCCCCCCGGGGGGGGGGGGAGAACCCGGCGCUGCCCCGCGUGGCGGCCCGGCCCCGCGCUUCCAAGAUGGCUGCGGAGCGUGACACGCCUGGUCACGUGGGAGCGCGCGCACCGCCUUCCCCCCCCCCCCCCCAACCCCCCGCAUCCUCAACCCUCCCGCCAGCCGCGCGCGCGCCCCCGGGGCCUCCGAGUGUUGUGACUCGGUCCGGUGCGUUCCGCUCCCGCCGUCGGUUCUUAAAGGGACAGGCACCCCCGCCACCCCCGGCCCCGCCGCGCCUGCCCCGGCCCCGCCACGGUGCCCCGCCGCGGAAAACAAAGAGGCACCGGAAACAGCGGCGGCGGGGAGGGGGCCGGCCCGGCGGGAGGCGGGCGGGAGGGAGGGUGGGAGGGGAGGGAGGGCCGGCGGCGGGGGGGGGGGGGCAGGCCCGGGCCCGGCGUCGGUGAACAAAGAGCGGCAAGAGGGGGCGGGGGCGCCGCAGCGGCACCGGAGCUGCGGCCCAGGCCAUCGGUGCAGGAUCCAAGGUGCUGGUGUCUCGCCCUGCCUGGAGCCUGAGGUCCCGCGUGCCCAUCCGCUUCCCGACGUCACCAAUGCGACCAUGGGAACUGGCAGUGAAUAGGCGGCCACCCUCUGCCCCUUUUAACCAGCGCCGUUUCUCGGGGGGACCCUGCAGCAGCCCCGACCACCUCCGGCGAAGCCCCCCUGCCAGGCGUCAGUGGGGACGACGCGACCGACCUCUGGCAGCCCUGCUGGGCCAGGAUGAGCCCCAGCUGCACCCUGCCUUCCCCCAGCAGCCGCACGGCCCUGUAGAUGAGCCCCGCGCAUACGCUCUCCCCAGCACGCCGCCACGAAUGCUUCACCCGGCCGCUCACCCGCCCCACCAGAACCCAUUCAUGGUGGAUCUGCAUGACCAGGUGCACCAGGGACCUGUCCCUCUCUCCUACACGGUUACCACCGUCACGACGCAAGGCUUCCCCAUCCACGCCGGCCAGCACAUCCCUGGGUGCAGCACCCAGCAGCUCCCAGCAUGCUCAGUGAUGUUCAGUGGACAGCACUACCCGCUCUGCUGCCUCCCGCCCCCGUUGAUCCAGGCAUGUGCCAUGCAACAGCUUCCCGUCUCCUACCAGACGUUUCCCCCCAUCAUCUCCAGCGACCAUUACAUCCUGCACCCCCCACCACCGCCAGUGCCCCCCCACCAGCCACCCCACAUGGCCCCCCUGGGGCAGUUUGUACCUCUCCAAGCCCAGCAUCCGCGUAUGCCUCUGCAGAGGAUAGACAAUGACGUGGACCUGCGAGGGGAGCAGCACCCCAUCGCGGGCUUCACGUACCCCCCGUCCCACCAUGCUCCCACGCUGUCCCCCUCUGUGCCGCUGCAUUACCUCCCCCACGACCCGCUGCACCAAGAACUGCCAUUUGGCGUGCCAUACCCCCACAUGAUGCCCCGGCGGCUGAACACCCAGCGGUACCGGCUGCAGCAGGCGCUGCCCCCUCCACCGCCUCCUCCGCCACCCCCUCCGUACUACCCAAGCUUCCUGCCCUAUUUCCUCUCUAUGCUUCCUGUGUCACCGACAGCCGUGGGACCCACGAUCAGCCUGGACCUGGACGUGGAUGAUGUGGAGAUGGAGAACUACGAGGCGCUGCUGAACCUGGCUGAGCGGCUGGGGGAGGCCAAGCCGCGGGGACUCACCAAAGCAGACAUCGAGCACCUCCCGUCCUACCGCUUCAACCCCGAGAGCCAUCAGUCCGAGCAGACCCUGUGUGUCGUGUGCUUCAGUGACUUCGAGGCCCGGCAGCUUCUCCGCGUCCUGCCCUGCAACCACGAGUUCCACGCCAAGUGUGUCGACAAAUGGUUAAAGGCAAACCGCACGUGCCCGAUCUGCCGGGCGGACGCGUCGGAGGUGCAGCGGGAUGCGGACUGAGGCAGGCGGGUGCUGAGCCGCACAAUUCGCUAGAGGACGAGGACGCCGGGCCAGGGGUGGGGGCCGCUGCCCGCUGCUAGGGCCUGACCCUGUGCUUACCCCCCCUCCCCAAAGCCUCUCCUCGAUGUGGUGAGCAUUGAGCAGCCCGGGCUCCAGGCCAGCCCUCCUCCUCCCCGCCGGGCACGGACUCGGCUGCGCUCCCGGGGCCCCGAAUCGUGUUGUGCUGGAGGCAGGAGGCGCGUGGCCGUGCCCUCCACGCUCCAAAGACGCUAUUGUUGCUCCAUCACUUUCCAGGUCUUUGUACUCCGUUAGGGAAUUAGCGUUUUUUCCCUUUGUCACCUUUUUUUUUUUAAUGCUAGUUUGUUCCCCCC